AUGCCCAUACGACCGCCGCUCGACCCCCCUCCUAACACUACCGACGCCGGCGAACCCUCCUACGUUGACAUCCGACACCCCAAGUACCCCGACAGCGAGCCGGCGCUGCUGCGCUUCGCUGCCAUUGAUGGCGAUGACGGAGAUGGCGUCGACUUUGAGGUAGCGCUGGUUGCGUGUGGCAUCAUCACGGGCAAUACCUGGCACUCUGGGGGAUCGACAUAUUACUAUUUUGUUGAUGAACAACGACCAACAUACAAAUACCCCGUCAUCCCUUCCUUCAGCCACUGGCGUUUCCCACAUAGAAACCUCCCUCUCGCCUGGAACAACAUCAACAUACCACAAGCGGCCCGUUCGAAGCUCAAGAGGAAAAUUGCCGCGCUGGAUCGAGAUGAGACGUGCCGCAUCUCGAGACACGCGAGCGCUGUCGAGGUGGCGCACCUGGUGCCCGUGGCAGACGAGAAGUGGUUUACAUCAAAUAAAAUGGAUCAAUAUGUCAAGUCAGGUUCAGAAACGCAACCCACCGAAGACGCAACCAACCUCAUCACUCUCCGCCGCGACCUCCACUACCUCUUCGAUACCCGUCGCUUUACCUUUGUUCCGAAACAAGACACAGCCAACCAGGCCUGGUCUCUCGCUCUCCACGUCUUCUCCCCAGACGACAACCCGGACCUCAUCCCCCUCUACCACAACCGGUCUCCCGCCCGUCUCUCGGGUAUCUCCGUCGAGCACGUCUUUGCGCGGUUCGCCUGGACCAUCUUCUCCGACAAGACGAUGCGCUUCUUCAAGGGCGUGGCCGAGUACGCCGUCCUUCUGUUCGACCCCCAGGCGGGCAAGAUGACCGAGGCUAGGCUUAGAUCGCCCGAGGUUCGCAUGGCGCUACAGGUCUUUGGGUCGUCGAGUCGCACACCGAGUCCCAAGAAGAGGCCGCGAGAUCAGUCAGUGGAUGACUAUGACUUCUUGGUAGAGGACCAAGAUGAUGAUGAUGUAUCUGUCGCUUCGGAUUGGGAACCACCACGCGGACGACGGCGGAAGCGCAGCUGGGAGUUCUUCGACGACGAUACGCCGCCCGCGCUGGUCCAGUCGUUCGUCUCGACCGAGUCUGAUCGUAGCGAGAGUCAAGACGUCGCCGAGAGGACGAAUGUGGAAGUCAGGCAUCACCACUCUCAUUACACGGCGCCUGAGGACGUGGCUCGUGAUGAGGUGGUUAAACGACCAAAAAAGCGAGUUGACAUGAGGCCGACGAGGGACGACAGUUGA